AUGAAUUCACAAGAUACAUUUAAUACACAAGAAAAUAGCGAAAUGAUUGACCCAAAUUUGUUGCUCAUAUCAAACGAUCCAUUUUCCAACAGCAUGUCUGAUCAUAAUCAAAUGAUAAAUUUCCAGCCUUCAACUUCCAAUGAUUUACAACACACUUAUUACCCAGUUUUUGAUUUAUCAGAAUCUUAUGACGGUUAUAAUCAAGAAUUAGCAUCAGAAUACCAUUCUCAAACUUGUGAUUAUGUCCCAGAAGCUGCUAGACUCUAUGAUAUCAUUGCGACAACAAAUACCAACAUGUCUAAUCUAUCUUAUUCUCCAAAUAAUUAUGCAAGCCAUAUUCAAGAUGUUGAUAUCGGAAUGUAUCCACCACCAGAUUAUAUGAACAAUCCGCCUCCGCCUAUCAUGUCUGAUGAUCGAAACUGUAAUCAAGGUUUUGACGAUAUUACCGAACCUUAUAAAAGUGGUAUUUCCCAAUCUGGCGAAAGUUGCAAAGAAAUAAAUGAAAAUAAAGAACCCCAAUUUGUAUGGAAGGAUGUUCCAACUAAAUUGUUGCUUACAUAUUUUAAAGAAAAUAAGAAAAAGGUUCAAAAUCUAACAAAACGUGGUUCUACAGCAGGAAAAAUUAAAAAGCUGCUCUGGAAAGGUGCAUGCAUUAGGCUACGCAAAAAUGGCUACAACAAUUAUUCUGAGAAACGUUGA